AUGAUGAAAGCCCUAAUGCCGGUCAUCAUGGCCAGCAUUUUAGGAAUCUAUGGCCUUGUAAUUGGCGUUCUUAUAAAUGGAAGCAUAUCUUCAGAUGGCACGUAUGAAUUCUACAGCGCCUCCCUCCAUUUCGCGGCAGGUCUUUGUGUUGGCAUUGGGUCUCUUUCUGCAGGCUAUGUAAUCGGAGAUAUCGGAAACAUCGGCGCAUAUGCAUUUGUUAACAAUCCAAAACUCUUUAUCAUGUUCGUCUUUUUGCUUAUUUUUGCCGAGAUUUUGGGUCUUUACGGGCUUAUAAUGGCGAUAGUUUUAUUUACAUAUUCAAACUCUAAAUAA